UGCUUAAUUCCUUCCGAUUCGGACGCCACGAACAUGCGGCUUCCGUACAGGCAAUUCAUAACUGCAUAUAAUACACUUCUGUGUUAAAAAAAAGGUCAAGUUAUUUUAUAAACUAUGGCUUCGAAAACUGAGAAUGUUGCUGCUAAAACAGUGAAAAUUUACGAUUUGGACAGCUUUGAGAAAUUGCUCAAGGGUCUAAAAGUCGCAUCUUGCAUGCUUACCGAGUCUCAUCAAGUUGUUGAUGAAGCAAGUGUGAUCAAACGUCUCAAUGCACUGAGCCUUACCGGGCCUUCUGAUGGCAACUGUUGUUCGUGCUGCGGCGUGGGCCCCUUCGAGAGUCGUCUACAACAAACAGCACACUACAAAAAUCAUUGGCACACACAUAACCUGAAGAGGAAACUGUUUGGAAAGGCACCACUUACAUUGGGGCAGUUUAGUUCAAGACAAGAUGACAACUCCAGCGUCUCCGGCAGUGACUCUGAAACAGAGGGCACUAGCAACGGGCCCGCUAGUGAUCUGUUUGCUGCGGCUACUCGGCACUGCAAGGCCUUCUUUACUACCAGCAAGGGACAGGUGUUCUGUAUCUAUAGGUGCUUGUUGCAUCAUAGAAAGGAGGAACUAUCAACAGACGGUGACGGCAGCGCCUGGAUCGAGCGCUGCUCGCGCCUGCUCGUCCCCGGCUUCCAGCGCUGGGCUGUCUUCAUGGUGUCCGGGGGACAUUUCGCGGGCGCCAUCUUUGCUGGCGGCGUCGCUGUGUUGCAUAAAACGCAUCAUUCUUACGUGACGCGGCGCGGUCAAGGUCAAGCGCAAGCGUCACGCGACCAACACGGAUCGGCGCCCAAGUCGGCGGGUGCCAGUUUGAGAAGAUACAACCAGGCCGCGUUCUUAGAGCAUGUUCAAGAAAUAAUAAUCGGCUGGACGGAAGACCUUAAAGGGUGCUCCCACAUCCUCUACCGGGCCGUAGGACCCAUCAACCAAGGGGCCCUUUUUGGAAAGAAUUCGCCUUUAAGCAGAGAUGACCCUCGAGUUAGGGUACUGCCGUUCCCUACGAGGAAACCAACGUAUAAGGAGAUACAGAGGGUCCAUGAGACGGUAGCUAGUCUGGAAGUAUAUGAUACAAUGGAGCUAUUCCAGAAAGCACUUAUAGCAUCGACCACCAAGCUGCCGGCCAAAACCGGGUCCGAUACUAGUGUUGAGCGCAAAAAAACACAAAAGAGCCCCAAUAAGCCCAUUGACAGGGCGAAGUCGAGAGAACGUGUUCCCCGCCCCCUCCCCACGCAAAUUAUGUCGAGCGAGGAUGAGGGUCCCUGCUACAUAGACUCGGAGACCCCUGCCAACUGGAUCAAGACCCUGUCGGAACAGACCUCCAAAGGCCACAUCACGAACUCGCGCAAAGACUUAGUACACGAUGUCGUGGUCGCCCGACCGCUCAGUUCCGACAGCGAAGACCAGGGCCCGAAGGAAAAGAAGGAGGUCAAGAAGAAAAAGAAGAAGAAAGAAGAUAGAGGCGACAAGGGGGAGAAAGAGGAGAAGAAGCCUCAGGCAACGAAGAUUCCUAAUAAUGUGAAAAGGAUGUGGAAGAUAAUAUCAGGCGACGAGAUCUCCCUAGACACAAUUCUAGAGAGUUGGGAGGGGUCUUUGGAAGAAGCUUGCAACACGAGGGACCCAACCGACGGCAAUACUGCGCUGCACAAGGCCGCCAUAGCAUCCAAACCGGAGAUGGUCACUCAAAUCCUAACCGCGGGCGGUGACCCCUGCAUCAAGAACAAUCAACUACAGACGCCAUAUGCAGCCUCUCCUCAUAACGACACUAGAAUAGCUUUUAGGCUAUUUCAGGCACAACAUCCAGAUAAAUACAACUAUGCUAAGUCUCAAAUCCCCGGCCCGCUUACUCCCGAGCUAAUAGAACAAGAGAAGGAAAAGAAAGCACAGCAGAAGAAGGCCAAGCGGCAAAGAGAGAAGGAGAAGUUGGCUGAGAAGAACAAGACCAGCAAGUUCUUGCAGAUGACUGAUGCCGAAAAGGUAAAAGCCGAUCAGCCCCGCUGUUUCCUCUGCGGGUCGCAGCUACCGAAGAAACCUUUCGAAUACGAUUCGUACAAGUUUUGUACUAUAAAGUGCUUGCAGAAUCAUAGGAACAUCAGGCCUUUGCAUAUGAGUGCUUAAGGUGAAUUUAAUUUUUUAUGAGGACAAGACACUAUCAGUAAUAAUGACAUUACUAUUGACAAAGUCAUUGACUUUGUAUCGAUUGGUUGAAAUAAAGGAAGUUCAAUAUUUUUAUGUCAUUAUUACUGAGUGUCUGGAUAGCAUUAAAUUUAACAUACCAUUUUUAGAGUUCCGUACCCUAAAGGUAAUUACGGGACCCUAUUACUAAAACUCCACUGUCCGUCUGUCUGUCACCAGGCUGUAUCUCAUGAACCGUGAUAGCUAACAGUUGAAAUUUUCGCAGAUGAUGUAUUUCUAUUGCCGCUAUAACAACAAAUGCUAAAAAAUAAAUUUGUAUCGAACCCUCGGUGGGCGAGUCCGCCUCGCACUUGUCCGGUUUUUUAAUUUUAUUUGUAGAUAUAUUUUAAUAGAUUUUAAAAUACUGUGCGUAAUUUUUAUGUAUUCCCUUAAAGAGGAAAUAAUUUAAUGUUUAUUUAAUUAUAUUCUAUUAAUAUCUACAUAUACAGAAAUAGUAUUCAAUAUUUAAACGAAAAAUUUUUGAUCGCAAUAAUUAUACUGUACUAUUAAUAUUGAUAUAACAUAAUAAUUACAAAAUAAUAUAAUCCUGUGGGUUAAAUCCACGAACAAGACAUAAUGUAAGUACAAUGAGUUGUGUUAUAGUCACGUAUGAUAGCUAAAUGACAUGACAAAUUUAAUAUUUAUGUAUUUUGUUUUAACACUGUUGUAAUAAAAUCUUUAUCCAUUUUAAAAUUAAUUCUUAUAAUACCUACAGGUAAUAAAAACUACGUUACUUAUACAUUAAUGUUAUUAGUUGGCGAUAUUAUCUCUGAAAAUUGGCGUUAAAAAGCAAAAGUUAUAAAAUAUGUUUUUUCUAAAAAGUCAGAAUUAACUUUUUCGGAAUUUAGUGAAAUAUACGACACUGCAGUAUUAAACAGAAAUGUACGGAAUGCUAAUCCUGAUGGAAUGUUUCA